AAUCGUCGUUGGAAUAUUGGAACCAAAACACUUAACUUACAAGGUUUUAUACAAUGCUUUUAUUUUUGUUUCUACCAAUCUUUUAUUAAACCACCUUUCAUUUUCCAAUACUCUUAAACUUCUGUACAUCUCUCUCUCUCUCUCUAAAGCCAUCAUCUUUAGUUCUUGGUCUAAGGUCAAAGUUUCUUUUGUGGUUCUCCUAAACAGCGAUCUUAGGACUAAUCAUCAUGAACGUGUUUCUGGGUCUCUUGCUUCUCUUGGCCUUCACCAAAUCUUCAAGUGCAAUUUACUGUCUCUGCAAAGAUGGAAUAGGAGAGAAAGAGCUUCAAACAGCAAUAGACUAUGCAUGUGGAACCUUAGCUGAUUGUAAUCCAAUCCAUGACAAGGCUCCUUGUUAUCAACCUAACACCAUCAAAAGCCACUGUGAUUGGGCUGUUAAUAGCUAUUUCCAAAACGCAGCUCAAGUCCCUGGAAGCUGCAAUUUCUCCGGCACUGCCACUACCAAUCCAAACCCACCUUCCA